ACGUGAGGAAAAUCAGAUCAAUACACUGUUCUUCAAAUCACGAUGCUGCAACAGCAGGGUAUCGCAGCAGUCUUCAUCUCUUCUUAAAUUUCUCAGUGAUUUUCCAUUCGAUGGUCUCUGGAUUUCUAAACCUCACACCCCGAUUGCAUCUCUGAAAGGAUCCCUUGAGUUCCCAUGUAUAGUCUUCUUGUUAUUAGCAAGUAUUAUAGAUGGCUAACAGAGGACCGAGCUAUGGUUUAAGCCGAGAAGUGCAGGAAAAGAUUGAACAGAAAUAUGACCUGGAAUUAGAGAACAAGCUAGUGGAUUGGAUUAUUAUACAGAGUGGUGAAAAGAUAGAGCAUCCACCUCCUGGAAGGCAAAAUUUUCAGAAAUGGCUAAUGGAUGGAACGCUGUUGUGCAAGUUAAUAAACAGUUUACAUCCAAAGGGAAAAGAACCUAUUCCAAAGAUCUCUGAAUCAAAAAUGGCUUUCAAGCAGAUGGAACAAAUUUCUCAAUUCUUAAAAGCUGCUGAAAUCUAUGGAGUAAGAACAACAGAUAUUUUCCAGACAGUGGAUUUAUGGGAAGGGAAGGACAUGGCUGCCGUGCAGAGAACCCUAAUGUCUUUAGGCAGCUUGGCUGUCACCAAGGAUGAUGGAUGUUACAGAGGGGAUCCCUCCUGGUUUCACAGGAAAGCACAGCAGAAUCGGCGAGGGUUUUCGGAAGAGCAGCUUCGUCGGGGACAGAAUGUCAUAGGCCUUCAGAUGGGGAGCAACAAAGGCGCAUCGCAGUCCGGCAUGACAGGCUAUGGGAUGCCGAGGCAGAUUAUGUAAAUGGCUGUCUGUCGAGAACACGCAUUCUAUGGCAUGAUCUGAUUACAAACACAUAGCUAGCUCCCUUUCAGCCUAAAACAUGUUUUUUUAAUAGUUUGCCCUUUUUAGGAUUUUUUUUUCAGCUGCAACUUUUUGACUAAGAACAUGGAUGUGUGUGUUGUGUGCCAAUUCACCCUGCGCACUGCUGCCCCCUACUGUUCACUUCUGAACUAUGCAAAGACUCUGGUUUUCUGUAUUUAUUUAUUUGCGAAUUGUUACCUUCGGCAUUUGUGUCUUACAAAACUCAAUCUUGUAUCUCAACAAAUAACCUCAUCCUUCAGAUCAGUGACAAUAUUGUUUGAUCUUCUAAAAAUAAAGACAUUUAAAAAAUCCA